AUGAAGGCAGCAUUGGCCCUGAUUGGCUCGUCGAUAAAGGAUCACAGAAGUUCGUCCAAUCAGAGAGACAGAGAGAGACGGCUCGAGGUCCGGCUGUGUGAGGAAAAGAGAUCAUUUACAAUAACGGAUGAAACCAGGCAAACACUCCUGCUCCUUAUCGUGUGUGUGUGUGUGUGUGUGUGUGUGUGUGUGUGUGUGUGUGUGUGUGUGUGUGUCUGUGUGUGUCUGUCUGUGUGUGUGUGUGUGUGUGUGUGUGUGUGUGUGUGUGUGUGUGUCUGUGUGUGUCUGUCUGUGUGUGUGUGUCUGUCUGUGUCUGUCUGUGUGUGUGUGUGUGUGUGUGUGUGUGUGUGUGUGUGUGUGUGUCUGUGUGUGUCUGUCUGUGUGUGUGUGUGUGUGUGUGUGUGUGUGUGUGUGUGUGUCUGUCUGUGUCUGUCUGUGUGUGUGUGUGUCUGUGUGUGUCUGUCUGUGUGUGUGUGUGUGUGUGUGUGUGUGUGUGUGUCUGUGUGUGUGUGUGUGUGUGUGUGUGUGUGUCUGUGUGUGUGUGUGUGUGUGUGUGUGUCUGUCUGUGUGUGUGUGUGUGUGUGUGUGUGUCUGUCUGUGUGUGUGUGUGUGUGUGUGUGUGUGUGUGUGUGUGUGUGUCUGUGUGUGUGUGUGUGUGUGUGUGUGUGUGUGUGUGUGUGUCUGUCUGUGUGUGUGUGUGUGUGUCUGUGUGUGUGUGUGUGUGUGUGUGUGUGUGUGUGUCUGUCUGUGUGUGUGUGUGUGUGUGUGUGUGUGUGUGUCUGUGUGUGUGUGUGUGUGUGUGUGUGUGUCUGUCUGUGUGUGUGUGUGUGUGUGUGUGUGUCUGUCUGUGUCUGUGUGUGUGUGUGUGUGUGUGUGUGUGUGUGUCUGUCUGUGUGUGUGUGUGUGUGUGUGUGUGUGUGUGUGUGUGUGUGUGUGUCUGUCUGUGUGUGUGUGUCUGUGUCUGUGUCUGUGUCUGUGUGUGUGUCUGUGUGUGUGUCUGUGUGUGUGUCUGUCUGUGUCUGUCUGUGUGUGUGUCUGUGUGUGUGUGUGUGUGUGUGUCUGUCUGUGUCUGUCUGUGUGUGUGUCUGUGUGUGUGUGUGUGUGUGUCUGUCUGUGUGUGUGUGUGUGUGUGUGUCUGUCUGUGUGUGUGUGUGUGUGUGUGUCUGUCUGUCUGUGUGUGUGUGUGUGUGUGUGUGUGUGUCUGUCUGUGUGUGUGUGUCUGUGUCUGUGUCUGUGUCUGUGUGUGUGUCUGUGUGUGUGUGUGUGUGUGUCUGUCUGUGUGUGUGUGUGUGUGUGUGUCUGUGUGUGUGUGUGUGUGUGUGUGUGUGUAUGUGUCUGUUUUCACUCAGAUGAGCUGAAGCUUCUCUCAUUCAUCAGAUUAAUUCUGAUAUAUCGAGGUGCACUGACUCAUUGUGUGAUCGAGUCAGCUACGUUGUGCGUUGUCUAUGUGUGGACUAAAUCUUUGUUCUUGUUUAUAUGACUAUUAUUGUAUUCAUGUUGAAAGUGCAGGAAGCUUUAGACCUCGCUCUGCAGCCCAGUCACAAAACGUAUUGUCGUCACCUUUUCCGAAAGUGUCUGAAAACGAGGAAAAGCAGUCUGAGGCUCGCUGCAGGAUCUGUGUCUGAGGAGCUGCUCUCUCUUUAAACCUUUUUAAAAGUAGACUGAAGGUGUUGGAGGAAGAAGCGUCAGAAUGUGAAUAAUGAGGUCUCUGCUCUGUGAGUCAGGACGUGUUGAUCUGUGUUUUUUGUCUGGUUCGUCGUGCUGCUGCCCCUCUCGGCCAGGACUCUUAGAAAUGAACUUUUUAAACUCAGAUUGGUCAUCUUUGAAGGUGAACAGGCAUAUUCACUGGCUGAAGCUUAUUUAUAAAGCUCUUCUUGGUUUGGUGCCUUCUUAUUUAUGUUCAUACCUUCAAAGAAGCCACUACGCCUUGUGUUCCUGUGAUGUCUUUAAACUGUCUGUGCCUCGUGUCCGCACGUUUUGCUGCUCCCACCGCAGGGAACUUUCUCCAAAAUGACUUGAAAAUGGCGGAUCUCAUUUCGCUUGAAGCCUUUGGCUCGAUCUUAAAAGAUAAAAUAUGCGAGACAGUUGGACAGUGCCUGAUCUGUGAUCUAGAUUCUGCACUUUAUCUGUAAAUCAACUUGCACAUUGUAAAUCGUUUUUCUCUCUUAACGUAUUGUUUGUAAACUGUCUCUUUAUCAUGUAAUGUUUUUUAUGACAUGUGCUGCUGCCAUCUUGGCCAGGUCACCCUGUGAAAGAGAUCCUGAUCUCAAUGGGUUAAUUACCUGGUUAAAUAAAAAAAUAAAAUUAAAGCCUGUAGGCUGACUUUGACUUCAUGAAACUCUGCUGGUUUACAAUGUGUGUGGAGUUUUUAUUGUUAUGAACUAAAUAUUGUGAGGGACAAGGUGACGUCAGAGAAGUGUCAGGGUGACAGCUGUGUGUGAUAUCACGGCUGUGAUUGGAUGAGAGUCUGAGGUUGGUUGUGUGUGUGUGUGUGUGUGUGUGUGUGUGUGUGUGUGUGUGUGUGACUCGGCUUGCAUGAGGCAUGUGCUGAGUGUGAUGAUGAGAGACAGACAGUUAGUGUGUUCAAACCUGCAGAAACAUCCUGAAGUGUUCUCAC